CUCCAAGUUUUUUCUCUUGAUUCAUAUUUGAAACAGAAAUUACAUAUUAAGUACUAGCCAUGGGUAUUCGUAUUCCAGGUUUCAUUCUUGCUAAACAAGUUCUUUGUCAGUCUGUUCAAACCGCUAAGAAAGGAGUUUCAACAUCUUUAGAUGUACCAAAAGGCUUUUUUGCAGUGUAUGUUGGAGAAACUCAGAAGAAGCGCUUUGUGGUUCCUGUAUCCUAUCUGAACCAGCCUUUGUUUCAAGAUUUGCUAAAUAAAGCAGAAGAGGAAUUUGGCUUCAACCAUCCAAUGGGUGAUUUAACAAUUCCUUGUGGAGAAGACACUUUCAUUGAUGUCACUUCUCGCUUAAAUAGAUCAUAGGAGAAGGCACUAAUUCUUAUCCACUCUAACACAAUUUUGUAUGCUUGACCCAAAAA